GGAUGUCAAGAAACCGCUGUGCUAUACUAGUGUUCCCAUAUCACAGUGCCUUCUAAUGUAAGGCUAACAAAACCUGCUUUAGAGCAGCCCUCUUUCUUUUUAUAACAUAAAACGUAAGGAAAAUUCUUUGUAAUAGUUGCAAUGGACUAUUUUAGGUGAACAUUACGGAAUGUCUUACACAAAAAUACUUAGGAGUUUCAACUACUUGAAGAAAUAAGAGUGAUAAUCUUCGGACGUACAGUUAUAUCAAAUGGAGAACUGUUAAAGCAUUGGCUGUUUUAAUAGCUUAACUAUUGAUUUACCACUAUUAACCCGAAUAAAGAGAUGUUAGCUUGGGAAAGUCGAACGAUGUAUGAAUAUUGCUCCACGGGUUUUGUAUUAAAAAAAAACUUUAAGAAGCACGAGUGUGGUAUUAGCCCUCACGAACAACGAAAAAAGGUCGUUGUUAAACAUUUUAGUACGAUGAUCACAACAAGAGCCAAUGUUUCAAUAGUUGUAAGAUGCCAUACAUGGCCCUCAGCCUACAAAUCAGAGAAUGAGAAACACAUCUUAAGUCAGUUUUCAUUUCUGAUAGUGUUUCUGCUUAUUAAUUCCUUUCAAGUAACAUGCAGUCCACUGUCAGAGUUUUUGGUUCCUCAGUCUGAGAAGCGAGAAAUUUCAUUUAAUCCGAGUGAGCUGGCUAAAAUAGGAAGUCCGGCAGUAGGAUUGGAAGUUAUCAAGCAGCUUGCACAAGCUCUACACGGCUGCGGAGUCCAAGGAACUCCGAGCAUGCGCAGAGUAUAUUUAUCGAACGAAACUGCAACCUGCAACGACGGGACACCAGCAGGCUACUAUUUAAGAAAGUCUCACAGCAGCAAAAGGUGGCUCAUGUUCUUAGAAGGUGGCUGGUAUUGUUUUGAUCAAAGAAGCUGUCUCAGCAGAUAUCUGAAUAUGCGUAGUUUAAUGUCUUCAGAGAAAUGGCCUGAAACACGACGAGUUGGAGGGAUUAUGUCAGACGAUCCCGAAGAAAAUCCUUACUGGUGGAAUGCAAAUCAUGUUUAUAUUCCCUACUGUUCCAGUGAUACGUGGAGCGGAGCAUCACCAGCCACUAGUAAUGAUGCGUUUGCAUUUUUGGGAGCUCAGAUAAUACUUGAAGUUAUCAAAGAUUUGUUACCUAGAGGACUUUCUGAUGGAGACGUGUUGCUCUUGGCAGGCAGUAGUGCUGGUGGCGCUGGUGUUUUAGUUAACCUGGACCGCGUAGCAGACACGUUGAAAUCACUAAACGCUGGAGUGGAGGUUAGAGGUCUUGUUGACUCUGGCUGGUUCCUGGACAACGAGCCCUACAAGCCAAUGGAGUGUUUUGAUCCACAUACCUGUGCUCCAGUUGAGGCUAUUAAACAGGGCAUUAGACUGUGGAAUGGCCAAGUUCCAGAACGAUGUAAGGCUGAUUACGAUCCUGAAGAACACUGGAGGUGUUAUUUUGGUUAUAGAAUCUACCGGACUCUAAAAACACCAGUAUUCGUGUUCCAGUGGCUGUUUGAUGAAGCCCAGAUGACAGCGGAUAAUGUGGUUGCUCCAGCGACCAAAGCCCAAUGGGACUAUAUACACAACAUGGGCAAAGAACUGAGGAGAACUCUGCAAAACGUGUCGUAA